AUGAAAUUUUCAUCCGUCCUUUUCUCUUUCUCGAUCUCCGUCUUUGUCCUUUCCUCUUUGGCGCAACCGACAGAAACCCUUUCAUAUGACACCACAUAUGAUGACGCCUCUCUCUCCCUUUCCAGCAUCGCUUGUUCAGACGGCACCAACGGGCUUGAGACAAAGGGAUACACGACCCUUGAAUCACUUCCUACAUUCCCUAACGUUGGCGGUGUCUAUACCGUGGCGGGCUGGAAUUCCGCUGCAACAGCGAUGAACACCUUGACUGGUAAUUUGGCCGCUGAGCUGGGAAGAGUGGAUGUUACGGCAACCCAAGUGAAUGCGUCAGUAUGUGGCUUGUAGUUGCAUUGUGUCGGAGUGUGUCGCAAGUUCCCUCUGCGUCUGAGUGCCAGAUAGACGAUAUUGGGACCUGGGACUUACAGUUUCGAUGGACUUGAACCACCUAUCAAAAUUAGCUGAAUGAACGAACGGCAAGACUUUCACCUGGUGAAAUUACUUCUAUAUGUAGGCUACGGUUAUUUUGGACUUAUCGAUUUACAAUUGUACAUACCUGCAUCGUCCAUAGAUAGUUUACGUGCGGUGUCAUGGAUUUGACCUGACGGUGUUGCCGACCAACUGUAAGUAGAUAUCGCAGUAUAGACAUUCGGAUUUCAUGAACACUCGGUUAGGCACCAUCCAAUCACAAUC